CUUGGGCUUGAAUUCAAUUCCGUCUUCUUGGCUUGAGACCAACAACCGGUAGCUUCUUGUGAGUUCCAGAAGAGAGAGAAAUGAAGAAGAAGCAGUAGCGGAGCACCAUCAACAGCCACGCUGAAACCUAACUGAAGCAGACGAGAGAUAAAAAUUUUAUACAAAAUUCUAUGGAGAAACCAUCGCCUCCAUCAUCACCAUCGACCUCCGUUGAUGGCUCCAGAGAACUUCAGUGCGUUGGGACACUCGAAAUCGUUCGACCCAAACCCGUCGGUUUUCUCUGCGGUUCUAUUCCUGUACCAACUGAUAAAUCCUUUCACGCCUUCAAUUCUGCUCUCGUCCCUUCUCGCCAAACCGUGAGUGCACCGAGGUAUCGGAUGCUGCCGACGGAGACCGAUUUGAAUACGCUUCCGGUGGUUUCCAACUUGCCAGAGAAGGUUCUUCCCAUUGGUGCUGUACAGUCUAAGACCACUGGAGAAUUACCUUGGGAAGGAGAUGCUGUUUCAUCAAAUCUUACAAGGAAAUGUGAAGCCCUUGCUGUGUCUGGUUUGGUGGAGUAUGGAGAUGAGAUAGAUGUGAUUGCUCCCACAGACAUUCUGAAGCAGAUCUUCAAAAUGCCAUAUUCUAAGGCUCGAAUAUCAAUUGCAGUUCGUCGUAUUGGACAGACUCUGGUUCUUAAUACUGGGCCUGAUGUUGAAGAGGGAGAAAAGUUGGUCAGAAGACACAAAAAUCAAUCCAAAUGUGCUGAUCAAUCUUUAUUUCUGAAUUUUGCCAUGCAUUCAGUGAGAAUGGAGGCUUGUGAUUGCCCACCAUCUCAUCAUUCUUCAUCAGGGGGCCAAUCAAACUCAUCUGUACUUCCUGGGGCUGAUACAUCACAUUUUGUGGGGCAGAAUGAUGGUACAACUGAGAAUGAGGGAUACAACCAUUAUUCAGAGUUUCCACAGGUUAAACAAGGUGGCUUAUUUUGGGAAAGUAAAAAGAAUAAAAGAAAUAAAGGCCAUCAUCCUGUGAAAAAGGCUUCACAUAUUGGUGAAAAGCCCAGAUACUCAGUGCAAGAAUCUGAAAAGCAUAAAAGAGUCAGUAAUGAUGGAUUUUUAAGGGUUCUGUUUUGGCAGUUUCACAAUUUCCGAAUGCUCUUGGGCAGUGACUUGCUUCUGUUCAGUAAUGAAAAAUAUGUUGCUGUGAGCUUGCAUUUGUGGGAUGUCACAAGACAGGUCACACCAUUAACUUGGCUUGAAGCCUGGCUUGACAAUGUAAUGGCAAGUGUGCCUGAGUUGGCCAUCUGUUAUCAUCAAAAUGGUGUUGUUCAGGGUUAUGAACUUCUUAAAACAGAUGAUAUAUUUCUCCUGAAAGGUGUAUCUGAAGAUGGUGCUCCCGCUUUUCAUCCUCAUGUUGUCCAGCAAAAUGGUCUUUCUGUUAUGAGGUUCCUUCAAGAAAACUGCAAGCAAGAUCCUGGUGCUUAUUGGCUUUAUAAAAGUGCUGGUGAAGAAGUUAUUCAACUUUUUGAUCUUUCUGUUAUUCCCAAGAACCACACCUCCAACAAUUGCGAUGAUAGCUCAAGCUCUCUACCUUCUUUAUUAAAUAGAGGGCGAAGUAAUUCCUUGUUUUCAUUGGGAACACUUCUUUAUCGAAUUGCUCAUAGGCUUUCCCUUUCCAUGGCACCCAAUAAUAGGGCUAAGUGUGCAAGUUUCUUCAGAAAAUGUUUGGAUUUCCUGGAUGAGCCAGAUCAUCUUGUCGUCCGUGCAUUUGCUCACGAACAAUUUGCAAGACUCCUUUUGAAUCAUGAUGAAGAGCUGGAAUUGAAUUUAACAUCUGAAUCAGUUCCAGUAGAAUAUGAAGUGACUGUUCCAGUAGAAUCCCUGGAUUCUUCUUGUAGUUUCCCUGAGGCUGUUGUUUCUGAAAAUUUCUCCUCACCAGUUUUAGAAGACAUACUUAAUGAAGCUGGAAAAAGCUUUAAUCAUGUAAAAUCAGAAACUUCAGUAAAGAUGACAUUGGAGUCAAAUGUAUCUACCUGCAGAAAUUUGAUAGCAUCAAGUGACGCGGAAUCAAACGAUUCAGAAGGACCGCAGACCACUUCCAUUGAUCAUGAAAAGUUUGCAAUUUGUAAAAUGUCCCCACCAUCUGCAUGUGUGGUUCAAACUAUUGCUGAUCCAAUCUCCUCUAAGUUAGCUGCAGUACAUCAUGUUUCUCAAGCUAUUAAGUCUCUCAGAUGGAUGCGCCAGCUACAAGGUACUGAAGCAGAAUUAAUUGAUCAGGUCAGUAGUACUCAUGAUAGGCCACCUUCAUCCAUAAACCUUUCUGUUUGUGCUUGUGGUGAUGCUGAUUGUAUAGAAGUUUGUGACAUUCGAGAAUGGCUACCAACAUCCAAAAUAGACUACAAAUUGUGGAAGCUUGUUCUUUUGCUUGGAGAAUCUUAUUUGGCAUUGGGACAAGCUUAUAAGGAAGAUAACCAGUUGCAUCAAGCUUUGAAAGUAGUAGAAUUAGCAUGUUCUGUUUAUGGAUCGAUGCCACAAUAUUUGGAGGAUACAAGGUUUAUUUCCUCGAUGAUUAAAUAUUCAUCCCUAACAAAAUGCAAUGACAAAAAUGAGAAGAAAAUAUCAUAUAUUGGUGAUGCAAAGGAAAUGGAAUCCAGUUCUGAUGAUGACUGUCUUGCUUUUGAGCGUUUUUCUUCCACGUACCUCUUUUGGGCAAAGGCAUGGACAUUGGUUGGAGAUGUUUAUGUUGAGUUUCAUUUCAUAAAGGGUAAAGAGCUCUCAAUACAAGCAGACAGGAAUCCUUCUGCCAAAGAAUUGAGAAUGUCAUCUGAGGUUGUGAAGGAAGUUCAAAGGCUAAAGAAGAGGCUGGGUCAGUAUAUGCAGAAUUGCAGUUCAUGUUCUUUAGUAAACUGCAGCUGCCAAAGUGAUAGGGCCAGCAGUGGGAGCAGUGCCAGCAGUAGCAGUGGAGAUAAGCACUCUGUAGUUUAUGGCAGGAAGCAUGGUAAAAGAUCUUAUGUAAAGAGUACCACUUCCUCACUCUGUGGAGACUCUGAUGAUAGCCACUGUCAUCAGAGAGUGGAGAAUAGGAGUUCUAACAGUGAAUAUCUCCAGCUUGAUAGAAAUGGCGAUACUUCAGUAGCACCAUCUGGAGUUGCAGCGGAUAAGUUUGGAGUAAAUUUCUCAGUAACCAUUAAUUCUAACAGUGGAGAGGAAGUGCAUGAAGAAGGGUUCAUGGUACCAUUUCAAAGUGAAACCACUUCAAAAGAAAUGCCAAAAAUGAAGAAUGGUGGGAUAUUUAAGUAUGUUAGUGAUUUUGUUGCUGGAGAUGCAGAACACAAUCUUUCUACUGCUUUAAGUUGUUAUGAAGAAGCCAGAAAAGCAUUGGCUGGAAUUUCUACAGGCUCAGUUGAACUACAAUCUGUAAUUAAAAAGAUAGGGUGGGUUUGCAAUGAACUGGGUCGAAAUAGGCUUGGAAGAAAAGAGUUGAAAAAAGCGGAACUUGCAUUUGCUGGUGCCAUAUCUGCAUUUAGAGAAGUUUCUGAUCACACCAACAUCAUAUUAAUCAAUUGUAAUUUAGGCCAUGGCAGACGAGCAUUGGCUGAAGAGAUGGUAUCAAAGUUUGAAAGUUUGAAAGCCCACUCAAUCUUCCAUAAAACAUGUAAACAAGCUUUGCAAACUGCAAAACUGGAAUAUUCUGAAUCACUUAAAUAUUAUGGGGCAGCAAAAUCAGAACUGAUUGCUAUUGCAGAAGAGGACAACUUAGAGUCAAAGAACCUGAUGAAUGAAGUAUAUACACAAUAUGCCCAUACAUAUCUGAGGCUUGGCAUGCUUUUGGCUAGAGAAGAUAUUACUGCAGAAGUCUAUGAGAAUGGAGCCUUGGAAGUUCAUAUUAGUCCUGGUGAUAAAAGAGCUAGGACAGAAUUGAGAAAGCAUGAGAUUUCGGCCAAUGAUGCCAUUAGGGAGGCGUUGUCUGUGUAUGAAUCUUUGGGUGAAUUACGCAAGCAGGAGGCUGCCUAUGCUUACUUUCAGCUUGCUUGCUGCCAAAGAGACUGCUGUUUAAAAUUUUUGGAGUCAGAUCAUAAGAACUUGCCUAAAGGUGAAAAUGGCAUUAUCCAGCGGGUGAAGCAAUAUGCUUCCUUGGCUGAGAGGAACUGGCAAAAAGCAAUAGAAUUUUAUGGACCAAAGACACAUCCCAGCAUGUAUAUAACUAUUCUUACAGAAAGAUCAGCACUUUCAUUAAGCCUCUCUAGUGUCUUACAUCCAAACGCAAUGCUAGAAUCUGCUCUAUCUCGCAUGCUUGAAGGACGCUUUGUAUCUGAAGCGACUUCAGAUUCGUUUGGAACUGAUUAUCCUGAGGUACAUGCACAAUUUUGGGGUCAUUUACAGAUGCUCUUAAAGAAAAUGUUGGCUUCAAUGCUCUCUGCAAAUACAAAUAGAUCUCCAGCUGCUGUCCAGCCAACCUCAGCAUCUAACAGGCCUGAUACUGGAAAGCUCAGGGAGCUUUACAAGAUGUCCUUGAAAUCUACUGAUUUUGGUCAGUUACAUACUAUGAAUACUUUGUGGACAUCAUAAUUUGACACCUGCCUCUGCACUGUAUGGAUUCCAUCCUGUACGAUUUGCUUUUUGCAUCUAAAACAGAAAGUAAUUUAGCAUUGCUUAAUUGAAGAUUGCUUGCAGCCAUUUCUUGACCACCCAACAAUACUUACCUUGUCCAGAGUAGCUAGGAUACACGGGAGCUGGUGGAUCGAUAUGAGAAUUUCAUAAACGGCCGAUAUAUAUAUAUAUAUAUAGUUAGAAGAUGGGUGGUUUAUUUUUGAGGACACAAUGCAAGAUGCUUUGAUAGGAUAUGGAAAGAAUUGUUGAUGGAUCUCAUCUUGUUACCCUUAAACCUGUGAACUUGUAUUCACUUAGGGAUUGUUUGCUGAUAUUUUCCUACUGUUUCUCGGGAAAGUGAUAAAGAUCAUGGAUAUUCUCAAGCUGUAUAUCUCAGCCAGUGAACAUUAUCAAGUUUGUAUUUCUAUAUUUUGAAGGUAUACUAUUUUUUUAAAAUGAACUGAACUUCCUUA